AUGGAUACCAACAUGGAGGAUGUUCAUGUCGGGCGCAUCCCGCCAGACCUUGGCCCGAUUAAUGUUGAGCCGACCAGCAUUCCGACUCUCGAUGGCUGGAUUGAGAGCUUGAUGCAAUGCAAGCAGCUGAGCGAGUCCGAUGUCCAGAGGCUGUGCGAGAAGGCGCGCGAAGUCUUGCAAGAAGAAUCCAAUGUACAACCUGUCAAAUGCCCCGUAACGGUCUGUGGCGACAUCCAUGGCCAGUUCCAUGAUUUGAUGGAGCUCUUUAAGAUUGGUGGGCCCAACCCGGACACGAAUUACCUCUUCAUGGGGGAUUAUGUUGACCGGGGGUACUACUCGGUUGAGACCGUCACCCUUCUUGUCUGUCUUAAGAUUCGCUACCCGCAGCGCAUCACGAUUCUGCGCGGCAACCACGAGUCCCGGCAGAUUACACAGGUCUAUGGCUUCUAUGACGAGUGCCUACGCAAAUACGGCAACGCGAACGUGUGGAAGUAUUUCACCGACCUCUUCGACUACCUCCCUCUGACCGCACUCAUCGAUAAUCAAAUUUUCUGCUUGCACGGCGGCCUAUCGCCCAGCAUUGAUACCCUUGACAACAUCAGAGCCCUGGACCGUGUCCAGGAGGUGCCCCAUGAGGGCCCCAUGUGCGACCUGCUGUGGUCUGACCCCGACGACCGCUGCGGCUGGGGCAUCUCGCCGCGCGGCGCGGGGUACACCUUUGGCCAGGAUAUAUCAGAGGCAUUUAAUCACAACAACGGCCUAACCUUGAUUGCCCGGGCACAUCAGCUCGUAAUGGAAGGGUACAAUUGGUCGCAGGAUCGGAACGUGGUCACCAUCUUUUCGGCUCCAAAUUACUGCUACAGGUGCGGUAACCAGGCAGCCAUCAUGGAAAUCGACGAACACUUGAAAUACACAUUCUUGCAAUUCGAUCCUUGCCCGAGAGCAGGAGAGCCUAUGGUUUCAAGGAGGACUCCUGAUUACUUCCUCUAA